AUGGCGGCCCCAAGAAGUGUACAGCGCUUGCAGCAGACGUUGUCGCAUGUGCAGCCUCCCGUUACUCCACAGCUGUCUCUUGUCAUAGGUCCGACGGAGCCACAGCUGCUGGACAUUACCUUGGGUGAACUGUUAACGCUGCAAGCACUACAGUAUGGGAGAAUUGAGUGCUUGGUCUUCCCCUGGACCGGUGCGCGAUGGACGUACGGUCAGCUGAAAGAUGAGACCGAUCGUCUAGCUCGGGGGAUGUUGGCUUCCGGGAUUCAAAAAGGCGAUCGCAUUGGAAUUAUGGCGGGCAAUUGCGAGCAAUACAUCUCUGUAUUCUUUGCGGCCGCACGAGUUGGGGCUAUCUUGGUCGUCUUGAACAACACGUACACUCCCUCCGAGCUGCACUACGCUCUGAAUCACAGUGGAUGCCGAAUGCUUUUCAUGACACCACGCAUUGGACGUCAUAAUCUCGAGGAGGUCCUUAUUGAGCUCGGUCCUAAUCCUAAAAAGGCUGCGACGUCGGAAACUUUGGAGGAAAUCGUCAUUCUCCGCGAGAGCUACAACAACUUCACUACCUAUCAUGAUGUCAUGGAACGUGGUCUGUCUCAGGCUGCACAUUUGCUCCAGGACCGUGAGGCGGAAUUACGACCGGAUGAUGUCUGCAACCUACAAUUCACCAGCGGUUCAACGGGCAAUCCCAAAGCUGCCAUGUUAACACACCACAACUUGGUUAAUAACUCGCGGUUCAUCGGCGAUCGCAUGAAUCUCACUUCUUUUGAUGUUCUGUGCUGCCCGCCGCCUUUGUUCCAUUGCUUUGGGCUGGUCCUGGGCAUGCUCGCAGUGGUCACCCAUGGCUCCAAGAUUGUUUUCCCCAGCGAAACCUUCGAUCCCAAGGCGGUACUGCAUGCCAUAUCCGACGAGAAAUGCACUGCCCUACACGGUGUUCCAACCAUGUUUGAGGCGAUCCUUGCCGUCCCCAAGCCCUCCAACUUUGAUACCUCGAACCUCCGCACAGGCAUCAUUGCUGGCGCUCCAGUCCCGCGGCCACUUAUGAAACGGCUCUUUGCGGAAUUGAAUAUGACUGAAUACACAAGUAGCUAUGGUCUCACGGAGGCCUCUCCCACUUGCUUCAAUGCUUUCACCACUGACAGCAUCCACACAAGAUUGACCACCGUCGGGAAGGUCAUGCCCCAUGCUCGCGCAAAAAUUAUUGACGCACAGGGAAACAUUGUUCCCGUCGGUCAGCGUGGUGAACUUUGCAUGGCUGGUUAUCAGCUCACCAAGGGAUACUGGCAUAAUCCGGAGAAGACGGCAGAAACAUUCAUCACCGAUGCCGAGGGUGUCCAAUGGCUGAAGACUGGUGACGAAGCUUCUUUCAAUGCAGAAGGGUACUGCACCAUCACUGGUCGCUUCAAAGACAUCAUCAUUCGUGGUGGGGAGAACAUAUAUCCUCUCGAGAUCGAGGAACGAUUGGCCGCACAUCCCUCCAUUGAGUUAGCAUCUGUGAUUGGUAUUCCUGACCCCAAAUACGGCGAGGUUGUUGGAGCAUUCAUUGCGAUCGCUUCGGGCGCCGGUCGCCCGACCGACGAUGAAUUGCGUGCGUGGACACGUGAGACUUUAGGUCGACACAAAGCUCCGCAGCACGUGUUUGUAUUCGGAGAAGAAGGAUCUUCAAGCACGGUUCCCGUAACGGGGAGCGGCAAAGUUCGCAAAGUGGAGCUACGGCAGAUGGCGAUGACGGUGCUGGCCGAACGCCAGAAGGCAUGA